AAUAAUAAAAACUGAUUACGAUGGAAUAAUCGAGCAAAUUGUUUCGAUAAAUGCAUCUUUUUGCUCUUCAAAACUUUAUCAUGCUGCUCGAACUUUCAAAGAUAUGAUAAUUGAUAACAUGAAUAAUAAGGAACCGUCAAUUUACUGGUUAAGUGAUGAUUACAUAUUUGUGACAGACAUUGACAUUUCUAUGUGCAAUACAAUUUUACACAACGAAAACAUGCGUGAUAACAUCCUAUUCAAAUCUAUGACGAUUGACAAAACAAACAUCUACAUUUUACCAUUUCGAAAACAUUAUAAGGCCAUGUUUCCAUAUAUGUACGUUUUGAAAAAGAAAUAUGCAAGUUUCAAGAGCGUAAAUGCAGCUGAAUAUGUUGAAAAGACAAUAAUAGAAAAAUCAUAUCAAAUGUUUUAUAAAAUUUAUGCUUUUGAUAAAUCUGUACAACCAUAUUCUCCAGCUAUAUCAAUGAGAUGUCUGACACCUUAUGAAAAAGUUUACAAUUUUGAGAAUGUGUCUGCAACGGCAAACAGCAUCUUUGUAAAUCUUCCGGAGCCGGUUGUAAAGAGUGGAUGCAAAAGAUAUAAUUUACCGACUACUAUAUAUACUAUCUCUGUAAGCCAGCAUUGUGUAGACAAAAAUCUCAACAAGUCUGAAGAAUUCAAUGUGCAGACGUGCGAGCAAUAUUACGAGAUUCAGAAUUUAAUACCGUUUACAGACUAUAAGUUGAAAUUUACUUUAAAAAAUGUUUACUUUGAUCAAUUAUCAAUAAAUCCAUUCGAUUCGAAUGUGAUACCAAUAAAAAUUAAUUCGGGCAAGCUUAAUGCACCAGAAAACAUAAGUGUUUUAGUUUUGACGCCUACUAUAGCAGUAGUUCAUUGGAUGCCACCCAAGAAAUUAAACUGUGCGGACCUGACUUACGAAGUGCAUUGGACGUCAGUUAUAUUUGUGAACGGCAUACAACAAAAGAGCAAACAAUUUAUUAAUAUGCCGAAACGUAUGGUAGAUGGCAGAUUUUUCACAAAGAUUAACUUGUCGCUACCAGUACAAGAUUACUUGAUAUACGUGCGUGUGUACCCAAUUAAUUCAAGCGAUUUGUACAACGAGAGUUUAAGCAAGAUCGUUCACAUAUCCUCAGAACCAAACAAUAUUACUUUGGACGAGGUCGACAUAAAUAGCAUGAUCAUUUCAUGGAUCUCCAACAUUAAUCUGACGAUCUUUUGUAUACUGGAAUACAAAGAGAUUGCAGCAGAAAAGUGGCAAACAAUGAAGAAUUUUAAAACGAAUUAUAAAGAUAAAGUAAUGUACUAUGUCAAAAAUUUACAAUCGGGAACUUUAUACAAGUUUCGCUUGAUAUUGAGAUAUCUCGAAUAUGAUGAAACUUUUAUAUGGCCGGCUGAUGAAAGAUUUAUUUUUUCAACACGUGGUAGCAAACGUGAUAUUCCGAGCACUCCUGGAAUAAUAGCGAAUAAAUAUGACUUAUUAUUGAUGUUAAGUUUCAUGGUUAUAGUUCCUAUAAUCUGCGUUUUCUACAUUUAUCGUUUGUAUCGUCAACGCAGAGGUAAUAAUGAACAAUUUUUGUCUUCAACAAUGACCGAUAUAGAAUUGGCGAUUCUACAUGAAGUACCUUGGCGAAACACUCUAGAUGAAUGUGCGAUAACUAAAAUCGCACGAAAUCAAAUAACACUUACAAAACAUCUUGGUAGCGGCGCAUUCGGAACGGUGUUUCAAGGAAAGGUGAAGGAUUUAGAAAAAUCGGGCACAGAGAUAUCCGUUGCAAUAAAAACGCUUCGAAAAGAUGCUUCUUCCCAUGAGAAAGAGAAAUUGUUAAAGGAAGCCAAGCUUAUGAAUCAUUUUCAACACAAACAUAUAUUAAAAUUGUUUGCCGUUUGUUUAGAUGGAGAUUCUCCGUUACUAGUGUUGGAAUUGAUGGAAACUGAUCUGUUAAAAUAUUUGAGAGAAUGUCGAAAUUUGCAAGCGUCAGAUUCGCCUGCUCUGCGUUUACAAGAUUUGCUCGCCAUGUGCGAAGAUGUUGCGCGAGGUUGUUGUUACUUGGAAGAGUUGCGUUUCGUACAUAGAGAUCUAGCGUGUCGCAAUUGUUUAGUAUCUUCGAGAAAUCGCGAGAAUCGUGUCAUCAAAAUUGGAGAUUUUGGACUAGCUAGAAAUAUCUACAAGGAUGAUUAUUAUCGCAUGACAGGAGAAUGUUGGUUUCCUAUUCGCUGGAUGGCACCCGAAUCUUUGAUGAUCAGAAUAUUUACUUCUCAAAGCGAUGUUUGGUCAUUUGGGGUAUUAAUGUGGGAAAUUACAUCGUUGGGUGAGAAACCUUAUGUUGCCAAGACUGAUAAAGAAGUAAUAAAUUAUGUACGUGCUGGAGGCAGGUUACCGAUGACUCUUAACUGUCCGUCAUCUUUGUACCAGUUGAUGCUACGUUGCUGGAGUGCAGCGGAUGCUAGACCUAAUUUCGAAUUUUGUCUGAAAAGUAUUACAGCAUUAAGAAAGAACAUAGAGGAUGCCUUACUAAGUCCAGUCGAUACUAUUUAGCCGAUAUAUUUAAAUUAAUGUUUAUCUUAUUUUCCAAACGAUUCAAUAAAUCUUAAUGUACAAAAAAUAUUUCUAGGAUAUUUCUAAAUUGA